AUGUCGGACUUCAAGCUGGGGAUCGUACGGCUCGGCCGUGUGGCCGGGAAGACAAAAUACACACUUAUUGAUGAGCAGGACAUCCCUCUUGUGGAAAACUACGCCUUUGAGGCACGCAUGGAGGUUGAUGCCGACGGCAACGGAGCAAAGAUCUUUGCCUACGCUUUUGAUAUUGGCAAAGGACGCUGGGCAGGAAGACCGCUGCACGAGCUGCUUUGGGAGAAGCAUAGAGGAGGAAUCGCCCCGAGUUUUCAAGUCAUCCACAUCAACUCUGUGACUGUUGACAACCGUCUAGACAACCUGCGACUCGUCCCUGUCGGCUGGAGUCCUAAACCGGAAGAGAUUUCCAGCAAGCAAAGGGAACAGUCACUUUACUGGUUGGCCAUCCAGCAAGUUCCGGCCGACCCAGUGGAGGAGCAAUACCUGGAGCUGAGCCGCACGCGCUACUAUAAUGCCAACGGCGAACUGGUGGAAGAAGAGGAGUGCUCAUGCACAUAUUACGAGUGCCACUACCCGCCUUGUUCGCUCAUCGAGAGGCGGCUUCGAGAGUUCAACAUUUGCGGCCGCUGUCAGGUGGCGCGCUACUGUGGCUCACAGUGCCAGCAGAGGGACUGGCCCGCCCAUAAGAAGCAAUGUCGGGAGCGCAAGCGGGCUCUGGCGCUGGAGUCAGAACCGGAGCGGUGA